AUGAAUUCAAAAACAAAUGGAAUUGUUAAUGGCGGAACAACAGAUAUUAUCGAACAACCGGAUCCCGAUUAUAUAAAAAUGUUUGUCGGACAAAUACCCAGAUCAAUGGAUGAAGAACAAUUAAGGGUUAUGUUCGAAGAAUAUGGAAGGGUGCAUCAAAUAAAUGUUCUUAGAGAUAAAGUUACUGGACAGAUGUGUGAUAAAAAAAAAACGACGACUUAA